UUAUUUUUAAUUAUGAAUGUUGUAUAGGGGUAUAUAGUUUGUGUUAGCAUGUUUCUUUCAGAAUUUGUUUUUUCCUUGUAUGAAUGUUUCAAUAUAACCAUAUUGUAUUAUUCAGUUUGUUCUUAUAUUAUUAGUACUCCAUACACAUAAUUGUAAUUAUUUUGUGUAUUUUUCUGUUAUAGUGACAAUGGCAGAAAGAAAGAUCACUUUCAUUAGAGACUUGGACAAUAUGAAGGAUGAUUACACACUAAAAGUGUCUAUCAUCCGGCUGUGGAAAUCGUUUUCAGAUGGCAACCCCACUAUUGUCAGAUCAAUUGAGAUGAUACUCAUGGAUGAAAUGUGUACAAAAAUCCGAGCAAGUGUGUAUCCAAGAGAUUUUCAAAGGUUUGAGUCCAAAUUGAAAGAAGAUCAAGCUGUUUACAUCCGGUCCCCCACUAUCGCUCCUAACAAAUACACUUUUAAAAUAAGUGAUGUAACCUCCAAGUUAAAUUUCCAUGGAAGAACAACUGUUAACGAGUGUCUACACUUUCAAUCCAAAACAAAAUAUGGAUUUUCUUUUGUUUCUUUUGAAACAAUUAUCUCUGCAACAGCUACAUCUAAUGAAUCAAUUGAUAUUAUUGGUGAAGUUGUUUCAUUAGGAAAGCUUGAUUCCCGUGAUGUCAGCAAAUCUCUACAUAGGCUGCCUUUACAAAUAAGAAACUUAGAAGGUUUGCAGGUUAAUGUUACGUUGUUUGGAGAUAUUGCAUACCAGUUAAUUUCUUAUCUUGAAGCUCAUAAAGAAGUUGGUCGUGUGAUUGUCCUUUUGCAAUUUGCAAGAAUUAAUGUCUAUAACGCAACACCUUCUGUGAACAGUUAUUUUGAACAAACACGGAUGUUCAUAAAUGCUAAUCUUCCCGAAAUUGUUACAUUCACAGAUAGCUCUAAAUCAUAUUCGGAAUCUGAUGACUUUUUGAAUAAUUACAAAGUUAAAAAUGUUGUCGAUUUGAUAGAACCACAAGAGGUCGGCCAAUAUAUCAUUGUCGGGACCAUUUAUGGUAUUCGCCAAGAUAUUGAUUGGUAUUAUGAUGGGUGUACAAACUGUAGAAAGAAAGUUCAAACAGAAGAUUUGUUCAGUGGUGCAGAUAGUGGUGAUGCAAGUGUCGUUUUAAAAUGCAAUGGUGAUAAUUGUAAAAAUAAGACGAUCUCUUCUGUUCCAAGGUAUAAAAUACCUAUUCGUGUGCAAGAUGAUUCUGGAACAAUCACUCUAACUCUCUUCGAUAGAGAUGCUUAUAGAAUCGUCAAAAAACGCGCACGUGAUCUUAUAGAUAAAAUCAAACAGGCAGGUAGUCCUGCAAAUGCUGAUGAUACAGAAAUCGCAUCUCAUGAAGAUGCGAUAUCGCAAACAGGUGAUAAUUUGACCCCAACAUUGCCUGACAAAUUUGAAGCUACAAGUCCGUUCAAGUAUAAUUCCCCAACAACAGUAAAAAAAAAACGAAAUGUUGGAGAUACCAUUGAUGUUGAUGAUUAUGAUAAUGAUGAAAAUACAAAUAGAACUCCAAAAACAAAUUUAAUUCCGAUUUUACCCUCCACCCCAUAUACUACGGGUUCUAUUGCGAUGCAAACAGCUGUUACACCUGCCCCUGUUUUGAUAAAGGAGAUUGUUCCUGAAGAGGUUAUUGAGUAUUCCUUUGAAGAAAGAAGAGCUGGUUUUGUUUUUUUGAAAGUCAAAUUGCAAUUGGCUUGUAAUAUGAAUUGA